AUGAGCAUGGCGGACCACAGGCUGGCGGACUUAGACGUCAUGCAAUAUAACAAUGUUGAUGGAGCCCGGACUCUUAGGGACAGGCCUGUCAGUCGGAUUCAGCUAGGAAAGAAUUUCUCUUAUCCUCGGCCUGAUGGGCAUGCUAUUCGACAUGAACAAUCAGACAGCCGGUCAUCAGUCACUUCCAGCGGCUCCCUCCCUGGCAUGACAGAUAGCUCCGACUCUGAAGCUUCUGCUGAGGAUGAUUACCACUACAAUACCUCAGCGAGCGAGUUGUGGGAUAGCUUUUGGCCGGCUGGAACCAACAAAUCUCACCAUCGACACAAACACCAAAAUUCGAGCAUAUCCCAGUCGCAGACUCCAGAUCGGUUUUCUCUCGAUUACUACAAAACAACAAUUGUCGAAGGACCAGAUGACGAUUCGGUCACCAUCACUCAAGCCAGCCAGGAGCAGCCUGAUACGAAUACCUCGCAGUGGCCGCUGUCGAAGCCACCGCUCCCAAGGCCUAAUUUGAAGCCUGCCAGGAACACAACGUCGUAUUCUGUCUAUCCCAAAUCAACACCACUGCCGACUCGGAUCACACAACUCCCGCCUCGUAUCUCAUCUAUGACCCCUGAGCCACCUAGUCGGCUUUUGAAAGGAAGCAAAUCCAUUUCCCAUCUCAAACAUCGAGUGGCGCCACCGAGUUUGGUGCUGACCCCAUCAACGACCCCCAAUACGAUCAUAUCUUCGCAGGCAGACGUCGCGGCAGCUGAUUCUCCAGCUCGAUUACGUCCAUCAGUAUCUUCAUACAACAUCAGAGAGAAGUCAGAGUACCACGCAACAACCUCGCCUUUCCCAGUACCGGUCCCGCCCAUCCCAGAUCAGUUGAGAUCGGCACCACCUCAGAUCGAGCGCUUUGUCUCUGUCUUCGAUUUCGACUCAGACGCCGAGUCAACCAGUGAGAACGAAACAUUAGCUAAGCGAAUCGCGAGAGGUCUGCAACAAAAGAAGAGCCUCAAGGACAUCGGGUCCAAAAAGGCUGACAAUCAUACCAAGGGCCACAAGAAGAGCGCGAGCGAAAAGAGCAGUCUGAGUCCCGAGAAAAAGACAGCCGCCGCCAUGCUCGCAUCAGGAGGCAGCCUCGGACGUAAAAGGGGCGGCUCCUUGGGGCGAAUGUUGGGACUCAAGAGCAAUAAAUAA